AUGUGCGUGAGCGCCUCUGGAGUACAGUACCCGACCAUCCCUACAAUAUAUCUAUUGCCGAAGAUCCAUAAGAACGCGCUGAUACCUCCUGGAAGACCUAUUGUGUCUGGGUGUAACUCCCUGACUGAACCAAUAUGUCAAUUCCUACGUGCAAGACGCCUGUGCUCCACGGAACAGGACUUUGAAAUGCAGGCCCGUGAUCUAGAGAAAAGAUUCCGUGAAAGGGGCUAUAGCAAUCGGAGCAUUAAAAGGGCAUACUGGAGAGCGAAAAAAACGGAUCGUGCGUCAUCCCUACAUAGAACAAGGACCAACAAGACAACUGACAACCAGGUGAGGUGCAUUUUAGAUUAUAACUCUCGUAGCCAUGAGAUUAGGCAGAUACUUGAACAGCAUUGGCCCGUUCUACAAGUGGAUGAGACACUAAAUGGUAUGAUACCUUCGAGACCAGCGAUUGCAUAUAGACGGAAUAGAAACUUGAAGGACCUUCUGGUGAGGAGCCACUAUGAGACUGAGGAGCCAUAUUUAUUUGGCUCCAAGGGCCCCAAAAACGGCUGCUCCCCAUGUGGUAAAUGCCUUGCAUGUAGUAAUAUAUUACGGACUGAUAUGUUUCGCAAUUCAUCCUGUACCAAGUCAUAUGAAAUUAGGCAGAAAAUAAACUGUGUAACCAAAGGGGUGGUAUAUGUUGCACAAUGCCCAUGCGAAUUGCUAUACGUGGGCAUGACCACCAGGGAGCUCCGCCGACGGGUCAGAGAGCAUAUCCUGGAUAUUAAUGCGGCAGCCAAUGAAACAAACCUUCAGUCUUUGAAAACCCUACCAAGACACUUUAAACUUAAACAUAACAGUGAUGCCACUCUCCUCAAAUUCAUAGGUAUCGACCACGUCCCGGUGGGUAUCAGAGGUGGCCAAUGGAAGAAAUUGGUUGCACAAAGAGAAACGCGAUGGAUCUUCAGGCUGGACACACUUGUACCUCACGGCUUAAAUGAGAUGUGUUAUGAGACUUACCAACCAGGGCCAUCACGUGACUACUUCUAGCCUCCUUCUAUCGUUGGAGUGACCUUACCACCGGAAUCAUGUUGGGACUCUCUUUCUCUUAUCAAUUUUAAAACAUACUUUUUUAUGUACACUUCCAGGGUCACAAUCCUCUCUCUAUAUAUUCUUUUACAUAUAUUUUUAAUACUUUUUUUAUAUUUAUUAUUAAUUUUAUUACUAAUUUUCAAUUAAUUAUAUAUUCCUUGAUACGAUAUUUUUACUCCCACUUCUUAUACCCUAUGUUUUUUUAUGCAUGAUUACAAUCCCUCUUUCUUCUUAUCACCUCAUCACACUUCUACACAGGCCUUUCAAUCACAUAUAUACGUUUUUCACUCAUACUAUUCACUUCUUUCAUCCCAUCUUACACUCCGUACACUAAUCUCACACUACACUGUCACUCCCCUAUUUUAUAUUUUUUCUAUAUACCCACAUUUUUAUGCCCCUCUUUGUUUAUUUAUAUUAUCUUUGGGGCUCUAAUCUAAUUGCUUAAAUUAUAUUUAACAUUCACUGCUACCCAUUUAUUUAUUUAAUUAUGACAGUGGUACUAAUUAUUAAGCCAUUUUUCAUAUUUCCACU